ACUCGGCUGGAACGAGUGGGCCGUUUUCAGCCUUUGCGGAGGCGUGAUCAGGGGCGGCACUGGCGAAGCGCAGCCAACUUGGAUAAAACGUAGGUAGGUGAUGCUUUAGCAGCUUUGGUGCAAGAAUCCCGAAGGAAGAAAGACGAAUACUCACUCUUUCAAAUAGGUGAAAACGGAGUGACCAACCAUAUGACCAACGACAAUUAUUACCGCUUCACCUCUGCAACUUAGUUGAAGGCGGACUUUGUUGUUCUAGCUGCAGACGUUUUCUCACAGCCAGAUGUCUGUCAGGACCUUUACAAGCGGACUCCAUUCCAGUUCUUUAAAGCUCACGCUGUAGACUAAGACUGUCUUUCUGCACUGGCACAACUUCUUCAGCCCAUCCUACCCGAGUUUCAAAAGAUCACCACCAUCGCUAUCCUUAUCACUUACCAGGAUGAGGCGUGUUUUCCCGCACAUGAUGAAGGGUGUGUCACUGCUCCUGCUGCUCCAGACAGCCACUUCCAUGAUGAUGCCUCCUAACUCCACAGGCUGGCAGCAGAUUCUGGACAAGUAUCUGGAUGAAGAUGGAGACUGGUGGAGGGCCAAGCAGAGGGGGAAAAGGGCAAUUACUGACAGUGACGCUCAGCUCAUCCUGGACCUUCACAACAAGCUCAGAGGACAGGUCUACCCCCCGGCUGCCAACAUGGAGUACAUGGUGUGGGACACAGAACUGGAGCGUACAGCAGAGGAGUGGGCUGAGACCUGUUUGUGGGAGCAUGGCCCUGCUGGGUUACUGCCACAGAUCGGACAGAACCUGGGAGCGCACUGGGGAAGGUAUCGUCCACCCACGUUCCAUGUGCAGGCCUGGUAUGAUGAAGUGAAGGACUACUCCUUCCCUUACCCUCAGGAGUGUAACCCUUACUGCCCCUUUAGAUGCUCUGGCCCAGUUUGUACUCAUUACACACAGCUUGUCUGGGCCACCAGCAGUCGGAUCGGCUGUGCUGUCAAUUUGUGUUACGACAUGAACGUGUGGGGACAGAUCUGGGCCAAAUCUGUCUAUCUUGUCUGCAACUAUUCACCCAAGGGAAACUGGUGGGGCCAUGCACCUUACAAACAUGGGACACCAUGCUCUGCCUGCCCCCCCAGCUAUGGAGGAGGCUGCAAAGACAACCUCUGCUACAAAGAUGACAGUUCCUAUCCUCAACAAGAGGAGCACGAAGAAAACAACUUCAUUGAGCCGGAGUCCCCACGUACUCCACAGAAGCCCUGGCCCCGGGCCUCCAAUCCGGAGCCUCCCAGUCUCCCUGCCCCAGGCCCCACCAGGCCCCCUACGGAAGACCAGCAGAAUAAUGAAGUGGUCAACACACAGCAGAUGUCUCAGCUCGUGACCUGUGACACUAAACUUCGAGAUCAGUGUAAAGGAACAACAUGUAAUAGGUAUGAGUGUCCAGCUGGAUGCCUAGAUGCUACAGGAAAAGUAGUUGGGACAGUAUACUAUGAAAUGCAAUCUAGUGUGUGCAGAGCUGGUCUACAUGCCGGUGUCAUAGAUAAUGAUGGAGGGUGGAUGGAUGUAACAAGACAAGGCAGAAAGGACUUUUUUAUCAAAUCCAGCAAGAAUGGAGUCCAGUCUUUAGGAAAAUAUCGAAGUGCUAAUUCCUUCACAGUUUCCAGAGUCGUGGUCAAAGCCAUCACAUGUGAGACCACUGUUGCCCAGCUGUGUCCUUACCAAAAACCUGCAAAGCAUUGUCCAAGGUUAUACUGCCCAAGAGGCUGUUUAGAAGACAACCCUCACAUAUCCAGAGUAAUUGGCACCAGGAUAUACUCUGAUAAGUCUAGUAUAUGCUCGGCAGCAAUUCACGCUGGAGUCAUCAGGAACGAUGCCGGUGGAUACAUUGAUGUGAUGCCAGUGGACAAACGGAGACACUACAUUGCCUCAUACCAAAAUGGCAUUUUCUCUGAGAGCCUUCACAACUCUCCUGGAGGGAAGGCAUUCCGGGUGUUCGCUGUGAUGUGAGUGGCCCAGAGGGGCUCCGAGCAGGAUGCAUGCUUGAGCUUUUGAAUAUGCAGCAAUCAAGGCCUGUUGUCAAACUCAGUGACUGAAAUGUUUAUGGCUUUGCUACACAUGAGGGGCUAGAGGUCAUCUCCAUGACAGUGUAAAUCUAGCUGCAAAAACUUGACCCAUACACAACAAGGAUCUGACUGUACUCCCUUGCAUAGUUUUCAUUUUGUUAUCUUUAGCAGGAAAUUUUAUAAACUGUAAAUAUCUCUGAACAGUCUGCUAAUAUUUAAUUUUCUAUAUCAGUUACUAGCAUUACAUUUGUGUCAUUGUCUUCCCUUUUUAACAAAUAGCUGUGUAUGAAUACGUGGAAGUCCUAUGAUAUACAUUAUAAGGGUACUAAGGAUUAAUAUGUUAUUGUCUGGCACAUUUUUACUGGUGCUCUGGUCAUAUUUUAUACUUUUUUAAUGAUUGGGGAACAGAUUAGUCAUUUAUUUUUAUAUGAUUGUUCUAUAUAUCAAACUGAUUUAUAAAGAAUGCUGCUCUAUGUGUUUUGUAUUAUUAUUAUUAUUGCCAGUAUGUUUUUUUGUUGUUGUUGUUGUUUGAUUUGACAGAUAAUGUGGUUUACUUAAAACUACCUGCAGGUCAGGAAGUGAACUCAUCCCUCAGAGGUGUCAUUUUCUAAAAAAACAAACAAACAAAAACCUAUGUGCCCAACUUCAUUCCAUUUUGCAUUUUACUGGAUGAACCAAGGGUGUUUUUAGGUCAUAUCAAUUCAUCUCCAUGACACUGAUAAACAGAAGUAGUAUCUCUUUUAUUUCAUACUGUAUCUUGGGGAAUAGUGAUUGUAAGUCAGCUAUAUUUACCAGCUCAUUAUAGUAUGAUUUAAUUGCAUUGUUGUCACUGUUUCUCUGUGCAUUACUUGUAUUUUUUCCUACCUCAAGUUGUUAGGAAAAAUUCAUUCAUUUUGCAAUAAAAUAUUACA